UUACAUUUUCAAAAUAUUGUUUAAUUUUAUUAUAUUCUAGUUAAUAAAUAUAAUAUUAUAUUAGUGGUAGGUACUGCACAUAAAUCAAUAUUUUUUAGAUAUAAAGAAAAUGGAAAAUUCGGUAAAAAGUCAACGCGAUACCAUAAAAAUAACUUGGCGUCUUAUCUUCAGGGAAAUACAACCAUUAUUUAGAGAAAUUGUGGAAAAGUUUGAGCUUUUACAUAAAUUUGAUGAAAAAGAAAAGGAUGUUGUCGAUAAAAUGUGGAAUGUGUACAAACUUUGCAAUGAUCAAAUCAGGAAGUGUAUUCUAAUAUUAAUAGAAAUUUUCAACCAUAAAAAGGAACACAAUUAUAUUAAUAAGGAAAGCUUACAAUGUAUUCUGGAACGUCUAUCUUGUUGCCAUCAGAAGUUACAAUCAAUCAAUUCACAUGUGGAUACACUAUUUGGUACCAGUCAUAGCAUCACCGAUGACUCCAUAAAUAUCAACACUAUGUAUUUUGUUAAUUGGAUAGAUCAGACAUUUGAUAUUCUCAAUAAUCUAUCAAAUACAGUUUACGAAACAGAUUACAAAAUAUCUGAGGAACAUUACGAGCAUUGGAAAGACAAUCUUGUAAUAUGUGUUAGUGGAAUUCAUACAUGUAUAGAUGAAAUGUUGCUAUCAGCUAUGACUCUUUGUAAAUAUUGUCUGCCGAUGGAUCAGCAUAUUGUCAAGGCUCGGUGUCAAGUGGUGCUAAGAGAAACGAAGGCCCUCCUAUCUGACCUAAUAAAAGGCGACUUAGAUUCCGUAUUUCAUGCUUCCAAGGAGAAUUUAAUUCUGCCAAUAAAACCGUCGAAUAUUAAUGUACUAAUAGAUGUGUUAAAGGAUGUUCUAUAUGUACUAGAAACAAACACAAACACAGCACUAUUGGCGCUCCUCAUCCAUUGUUUCUCGUACAAUAUAUGUCCGGUUGAGAAAUUGAGAGACCAUUUUGUUAAAGAAUGUGCCUGCAACGAAGAAUGUGAUUUUGUAAAGGAGUUUGAUGUUUAUAAUGAACGGCUGAUGCAAAUUGGGUCUUUUGCUAUAUCAUGUUCGUCUGAUGAAAAUAGAGUUCUAAGCCUUCGUAGUGGCUUAGCAAGUAUAGAAGGCCUGGAUUCACAUUUAGUUCCCGCGGUGAUGGUAGCACCGUUGAGCUAUAACGCAUCGUUAUUGGUUAACAUUUGGAAACGGGAAGUUGCUGAUAUAAGGGAUCAGGUGUUUCUUAUUGUUGAUCCGACAGCUUUUGCGCAGAGAGCAAAGCAAAUGAUGCACAGUUCCUUACUUGAGAUUAUAAAAGAUAAAGUUUACAACAACACGAAAGUGUGUGGUGUGAUCAACACUGGUUGUGUGUUAAGUGAUUUUUUUCACGUGUAUCGAACCAACGAACCGGACGCUCUGACGCAUCAUGAUAAGCUGCUACCAUUGAUAAGUGACUUGGAUAAAGUGAUACCAGAAUGCAAAAUUGUCAGUAAUAUGUUGGCAACACACGACGACUUUAAAUACAGAACGAAAAUCACAGACUCAAAAGCGACUUUCGAACAAUUAAUUAAGAGAUUAAAACUCCUCUAUACAAUAGUGAACAAAAUAAAUUGUCUAUUAUCACCCGAAGAAGAUAUUUUUGAGGAAUCGAUUAAAAAUGAGACUUUCUCAGUGGCUAAGACAAUGAAUAAGAAAACGAUGAAUUUGACUAAAAUGUUUCGGACGAAUGUUAAGUCCUCCACGGCGAAAUUUCCUUUGGCGGUUUUGACUAAGAAUUUCAAGGCAAAGACGGAACUGAGUUUUUCAUUGAAAUUGGAUGAAAUAUGUGAUAUUUCGGAUAUAAAGGGCCGAAACACGUCGAUUUUAUAUUCGCCGAUGAAAAAGGGCUCAUUACGAAAAGCUUUAUUGAGUCGAUGUAUGAAAGUGGAAAAUGUAGCACAUCCUAAUGAGGACGAAGAAGACGAAAUGCUCAGCUUGCAAAUAACGGAUGUUUUAAACGACUUAAACAAUUUGACAAAAUCAAGACGAAUGAUGAACGUAACAUAUAACGAUAAUGAUUUAACGAAUGAAAAAUUAUCAGUUAACGGAACAGUUACGAAUAUAACGUAUGAAAUGGACGAGCCGUCGAAUAUAGGAACUCUGGAAAGGAUUAAUGAUUUAAAAUUGGUGACUAGUAGACUGAGUGAUUUAAAAUCCGCACAAGAGACCAGCCUUUAAUUGAUAUUCAAAUUGUCAUAAGAAACUAAGGGACACGCUUUUUCACGUUAUCAGCAAUUUUUUAAAUGGAGCUGAAUAGUUGUAUAAUAAAUAUAUUUUUUAAUUUAACAAAGUACAGUUUCAUUUAUCUAACCUAAAUGUUUACCGUCAAACGCGCAAAUGCGCGGCCACAGAUAUGUAGAAUUGUAUAACGCCAUAGACAAUAGAUAUUGAGCUCUUUUAUUUGUUUAUUUUUGCUAGAUGCAAAAUUUAUGUAUAAUCUGUGGCAUAUUCAAAUCUUUGAUAUCCAGUGUAAGAAGUGCGUCACUACAGAAUCAUUUGGCGUUCUUAAUUCAAAUAUGAGAUAUAUAAAUUAUCGAUUCUAAUAUUCAUUGUUGUGUACUUAAUAAAUUCCGUCUUUAAAUAAAAAUACUUUUCUGUUAAUGUUUAUUGUGAUUAAAUAUUUUUG